AUGGAGCCCCCCAUGAAGUUUGACAUAGAGAGCGAUUGGAAGCCUAUGGAACGUAACUGGGAUUUGAUACAUGUCCGGACGCUCCUUGGGGCUGUUCGUUGUUGGGAAGACAUGUACAGGAAGAUACAUCGGUUCGAAAGUCACAGUCUUACAUGUUCCUCUAUCGAGCAAGUAGAAAUAGAUUGGGAACCACGAUUCGACGGCGGCAAUAUUCCAUACAAAUGCGCCCUUAUUGACUGGACUGACAAGUUGCUGCGCGCCAUGGAUCUGCACGGUCGUUCGAUGAGAGUGGAACCAGAGCGAACGAGAAGACAACUCAGAACUGCUGGAUUUUCAGAUAUCCACGAAUGUUCAAUCAGAGUCGGCUUCACUCCUUGGUCGGAAGACCGUCACGAGAGAGACGUAGCAUUUUGGUUUGGGGCUGGUUUUAGUCACGCCAUUAAAGCCCUGUCCUACGGCCCUAUGAGUUUAUCUCUUACCAUGUCUAUAAGGGACAUCGACCUUCUUUGCGAAGCCGUUCUCGACGAGUUACGCACUGCACGAUAUAAAGCCUAUUGCAGAAUGUGA